AUGAUGAACGAUUCGUGCUACGAAAAUAUGGCUGAUUCUGUUCCGGCAAUAAACACCACAGAUUCAGAACGAAUACCAGCUUUUCUUACACAAAGAAUUGUUCAACAGAUUUGUUAUGGCAUGAUUUUCGUGCUUAGUAUGGCGGGGAACGCAGCGAUGCUAGCAGUCCUCCUCCACAGAGGAACUCGCCUCCUCUCGCGCAAAGACAUUUUGCUGCUCAACAUGAUCGUGGCAGAGUCUGCUGUUGCAAUCACCAGCAUACCACUUGACUUUACCUUGUUAUUUUUAAACGAUGGUUGGUUAUUCGGUCCUUUUAUGUGCCACAUUUUAUGGCCAAUGCAGACAGCACCUUUUGGAGCGCUGGUGCUAACUCUCACCGCGAUGAGUAUACAACGUUACAAAGGAAUCGUGCACCAAAUGCGAAGCAGAAAUGCAGGAAGAAAGUCUUCGUUCGCCACAGUCAUCUUCAUUUGGUUAUUCUCGUUAAUAAUCGUGGUGCCAUACGGCGUUUUUUUGCGUCUCGAGGAAGGACAGUGCAGCGAAACAUGGGGAGAAAUCGGAUCACAAGUGUAUACGCUUGGAUUGUUCGCCUUCCAUUAUGUGAUUCCGUUAACAAUCAUCACCUUCUGCUAUGCACGCAUCGCUAUUCGCAUCCGCCAUGGUCAACGGGAAGGAGCGAGUAUCAUUUCAGGGACGCACAAGGCGCGUUUAAAACGCUCAAGGCGACACGUUCGCGCCAUGCGUAUGGUAAUUCUCUUUGUUGUUGUGUUCGCGGUUUGCAUGUUGCCGCAUCAAGUGGUUUGGCUGUGGAUAACGUUUGGAAAAGAGGUGAAUUAUUCGGACAACUUGUUAACCUUUGCUUACAUGUUUACUUUCACAAGCAGUUUUGCCAAUCCUCUUGUGUACUUCACGCAGAACCCCGCCUUAAAGGCGAAACUAAAAAGCCUCAUCUUGUGUCGUUUGACGCCUGACAGUCGCCUUAGAACUGGUAACAGUUUCUUCACAACUAGCGACGACGCUUCUGCUGAUUCAAGAGUUUGA